CGGGGGGGGUGGGGAUCACCGCCGACUGAAGGAUUCCUAUUCGCCGUUGAAGCUGAAUACAGCCAUGUGGAAAUCAUAUCAGAACUCCAUUAAUAGGAUUUCAGGCACAGUACUGAGGUCUCUAUUUGGGAAAUACCGGGAUUCCGGAUUUUCCAAGUUUUCUUCAUCCAUAGAAGCCUGAGAGGAUAUUGUCGAAUGGAGGGUUUCUGCAACUCUCUCCUCUUCGUGAAAAUCUUCUACAUCCUCGUCCUUUUGAUGGCGCGUGGGGUCGUGUGUGUCUAAAGUGGAGGACAGGUUUCAGCAAAAACACAGUUACACCUCGCCCCCCCCACGCUCCCCAACACCCCUCUCCUGCUGGACCAACACGAGGAGAAACACCUGGAGAGAGAUCUGUGCUGAGCACGGACAAACACAAACGCACCCACACAUAAAACCCUGGAUAACAUGUGGAGCUGAUUCGGAUUACAGAGCCGCACAGACGGAAAAGGUCUGUGGAUCGCCAGGCGUUCUACCAUGCCUGUCCCCCCAUCCUUCAAUCCCCGCAGACAAAAACACCUGCCCCACAAACACCUCCACCCCGAACAGAGGGCAGCGCAGUCCCCCUCCCCCCCAUCCAUCCUCUCUUUUCUCCCCCCUCUCCUGGUCUCAUCUCUGCCCUCCUCAUCCCCCCUCGUGCACUGCGCCUGCCCCAGGACUACGAGGAGAACCCUUCCCGAACCCGUCCCCCUCCCGGCGUUUCACUGGCUGACUCUGGUCACAUGCUGCCUGCUGCCUUCUCUGAUUGGAGCGGGGGAGACGUGGGGCAUGGUCUCGGCCUGCCCGUUCCACUGCGUGUGUCGGAACCUCUCGGAGGCCCUCAGCACGCUCUGCGCCGACAAGGGCCUCCUGUUUGUCCCACCGCACGUCGACCGGCGCACCGUGGAGCUGCGACUGGCCGACAACUUCAUCACGGAGGUGGGCGGAAUCGACUUCGUCAACAUGAGCGGACUGGUGGAUCUGACCCUGUCGAGGAACACCAUCAACCUGAUCCGACCCAUGACCUUUGGUGACCUGGAGAGUCUGCGCUCGUUGCAUCUGGAUGGUAAUCGAUUGACUGUACUCGGACCCAGGGACCUCGCGGGUUUAGUCAAUCUGCAACACCUGAUCAUCAACAACAACCAGCUGGUCAAAGUCUCCGUCGAGGCUUUUGACGACUUCCUGCUCACGCUUGAAGACCUCGACAUGUCCUACAACAACCUCAGGAGGGUGCCGUGGGUGUCUAUUCAGAACAUGGCCAGUCUGCACACUCUCAACCUGGACCAUAACCUGAUCGACCACAUAGCAGAAGGAGUCUUUGGAGAGCUGUACAAGCUUGCCAGACUGGAUAUGACCUCCAACCGGCUCCGAACGCUGCCUCCCGAUCCACUAUUUGCAAGGUCGCAGACAGGUGCAAUAAGUCCCACCCCCUACAAUGCUGUCAUAAGCCUGAAUUUUGGUGGGAACCCGCUGCACUGCAAUUGUGAACUGCUAUGGUUACGGCGGCUUAUCCGUGGCGACGACAUGGAGACGUGCGCCACCCCUCCUCACCUGGCUGCCAGAUAUUUCUGGUUGAUUCCGGAGGAGGAGUUCAUCUGUGAACCACCUCUCAUCACCCGUCACACUCACAAACUGUGGGUGCUAGAGGGCCAGCGAGCCACACUAAAAUGCCGCGCCAUUGGCGACCCCGAGCCAGUGAUCCACUGGGUUUCCCCGGAUGACCGCAUCGUUGCAAAUUCCUCCCGGACCAGCUCCUUCAGCAAUGGGACCUUGGACAUCUUGGUAACCGUGGCCCGGGACGACGGGGCCUACACGUGUAUUGCGAUAAACGCAGCGGGUGAAGCGACCGCCACUGUGGACCUGAAAAUAAUCCCCCUGCCUCACCGGGGCGGAGCAGGCGGGAACAACAACAAUGUGAACACCAAGAACAACAGGAACGUGACCAAUGGGAUUUUACGGGCCGAUCCGGGCUCCUCGGAUAUCAGCACAGGGAAAAGCGGAGGGAUUAACAAUGGCGCGGGACGUGGCGGAGAGGUGGAGGAUGGGAGGAGAGCAGGCGACGAUGACGAGGAGGGAGACAGCGGCAGGGCCUCCGAAGGGGAGCGGGCCGACGGAGGGAGCGUAGAGGACGACGAGGGGGACGAGGAGGAAGGAAGGCUGGUUGGAGUACAAAGCGUUACGUCGACCUCCGCACAGGUCAGAUGGGAUUUCGGGCCUUUGUCCUCUGCUUACGCCGUCUGGAUGUAUCAGAUACAGUACAACUGCACCGCCGACGAGACCCUCAUAUACAGGAUUCUACCGUCGACCAGUGACCACUUCCUGUUGAAGAACUUGGUCUCCGGCGCGGACUAUAACCUGUGUGUGCUGGCCAUUUUUGAUGACACAAUCACAUCAUUAGCGGCAACAAAAGUCCUGGGCUGCGCCACGUUCUCCACCAAGGAUGUUUACCCAGCAUGCCGCUCUCUCCAAGCCCACUUCCUGGGUGGCACACUCACCAUAUUGGUAGGCGGCGUUGUUGUUGUCACCCUACUCGUGUUCACUGUGGCGCUCAUGGUUCGCCACCGUGUUUGCAACCAUGGCGACCACAUGAUAUGUCACAACAGCAACACCGAGGCGGGAGGCGGGGCCUGCUGCCAGGGUGGAGGGGGCGGGGACAAAGGCGGAAGCAGCAGCGGGUGCUACCAAUCAAAUGGUGCUGGGGACGUGAUGAUGGUGGUCCUGCCCAACGGCCUCCAGUCAAAGAGAGGAGGUGAGAAGGAAAUGAAGAUGGUCAAAGACAAUGAGAAGGACGAAGCUGAUCCCGCUUCCUCACUGCCCCCAAAACUCCCUCCAAGGCCCAGGCCCAAGCCUAAAGUCAACCUGGAGCAGUUUCUUUCCGCCGGGGGGGUUGUUUCCACAAAAACAGGGGAGGGAUGCGAGAUGGCUUUGGUGGUGAGGCAGAGAAAGUUGGAGAAGACGUUGCCGCACACAGAAAGUGACAGAACUCCCCUCUACUACUCCCCUUCGUCCACCCUACCCCGUCAGUCCCACUCCAGGCAGCGCCCAAGAACCCGCCUGGAGCGAGAACUGACCAAUCGCGCCAGUUUCUCUCUGGCGGCACCCCUGGGUGACUCGGAGCUGUUGGACUGGAGAAUCACUCCCCAAGGCAGGGACCAAUGGAACUCCUCACAGGCCUACCAGAGCCCUCUGUCCCCUCUGAGCCCCACCCGCGGGACCGUCACCAAGCGGCGGCACUCGCUGGACAUGGGCUCCUCUGUCGCCCUGGCAACCGACGCAGCCACGACGGUUGCCAAGCGAUACGGUGCGGUCAACUACGCCAAGCGGCUGAGCGUGAUCUGGACGAGGCGGAGCCAGUCCCUCCACGGCAUGCUGGUGCAGUGCGCCUCCACGACGAGCACAACCUCUUCAACGGCAAGCGACGACGAGGGCGCCGGGGUCUUUGGGGCGCGCUGCGAGUUCCAACGGGGAUACAUCCACGCCUAUAACACCACCAACUCCAACUCCAACGCCGGGAUCAAUGGCGGCAAAGCGGGCAGCGUCAAGGACCGGGGGAAGCAAACAGGAAAGGACGGAAGGAGUGGUGAAGAACUGGAGGAAAGCAUUGUGUAGGCAGUUGUGGAAUGUGACAAAAGGAAGUGAAGUUACGAGGGAUGAAGUCUGAAUGGGAUCGUGAUUUGGAGGAGGGCAAAGAGGUGGAAACAUGGGCGAAAUGGUGGGGCCUGGACAGGUAAGAGGACGUGAGAGCCAACAAGGAUUGGGAGGGUUGGGAGUUUAGGCGAAGUCUCACUUUUGCAGCCUCUUGAUUUUCUUCAGAAAGUGUAGCUGGAGUUCAGGUGAAGACUUUUCAAGAGGUUAUUUUAAGCUGAUCUGAGGAUUGAUGGGUGAGGAAGAUAAGUGGGAAGACAGACUUGACAAGAAAAACGGGAGCAGCCGAACGUCUGAGCGUUUCAAAAUGGUCUUUUAAUACUAAAGGCUGAGCUCAAGCUGUAUCAUUAAAAAUGAAGUGAUACAAGAUAGAAAAGAAAGCGGGAACACAAAAACAACGCAGGGAAAUCUACACAAAGAGCGACAGAUGUAAGAACAGACAAUGUCAGUGGUAUAUAUAGUCCGAGGGAGAGGCAUAGUCAAACAGAAGAAGACAUCAAUGGAGCAACAGAACAAAGGUUACACACAGCGGCGGAGAUGGCGUGAGCUCAGAGUGGAUCCCAGUCAAGACUUUACACUAAUAGAAACAUACUACUGCUAACACUUCCACUCUGCAGGGUCUCAACCUGCUAAUCAACACGGGAACAAAAGACAGCACCACAACCAGGUAGAAGGGAAAACCCUCCCCUCGGACUGCGCAACAACAAGAGAGAUUUGGAAAGCAUCGGCGUGCUUUGUCAUGUUGAUUUCUUUUCUCUCCAACACUGACGGCCAUUUUGAAACUCCUUUCCAAAACCCAAUGAUUGUGACUUUUAUGUGUCCUCUGUUGCUGGGCAAUGAUUUUUGGCUUGCCGUGCCUGCGGAUUAUGGAAGCAUAAAUACAGAGCCGGGGUGUAUUGGACAUGAUCAAUCGAUACUGGCUGGAAAAAGCGCGUGCAUCACAGGCGUUAUAAAAAGACAGACAUUGGGAUUACAAUGGAGUCAAUAUGGAUUACAAAGUGGAGGAGACCGGGGUGCAUGAUGGGACAUGUGCUCGUUUGCAUUUGUGAAAGACAAGAUUGUACUGGAUGUCGGAUAAUAAUGGACCAUGAACAAAUGGACAAAGCUAACGGAUGCACCAGUAUGCAUGCAUUGACAUCAGGGUGUGCGUAUGAGAGCCUGUGUGUGUGUGUGUGUGUGUGUGUGUGUGUGUGUGUGUGUGUGUGUGUGUGUGUGUGUGUGUGUG